AUGUCAAAGUCAAAUAAUCAAGAAAAACAAGAAGAAAUAAUAAUUUCAAGACCGUUGAGUAAAUCCGAACAUUUUUUUAGAUCAAGAACUGCAACAAAAUGUUUUAACAGUUUUCAAGUUACUGCAAUAUAUAAUCAAAACCUAAAGAAGAACUUGAACUUAUUUUUUAAUGCAUUAAGGAAAACUAUAAUAGAUUAUCAUAUAUCAGUUUCAAAUGUUCAAUUGGAUUCAAAGUUAAAUUCAUUUGUGUUCCAUCCUUUGAAUUCAGUCAAAUUAGGAGAUGUUUUGGAAUUUUUAAAUCCUGAUGAUUAUAUCACCAAUGGUAGAAUUAAUGAAAACUUUAUGAAAUACGUCAAUGAUACAACCAUAUUUGAAUUGUAUUCUCAAAAACCAUUAUUUAGAUUAAUUUUAGUUGGAGAAAAUACAUUAUCUUGUUCAUUUGAACAUACAAUAGCUGAUGGUAUAGUAACAAAUUAUUUUCAUGAGAUUUUAGUGGAAAAUUUAGCAUUUGUUGAAAAACAAUCAAAUUGGGACAUUUUAGAAUCAGAGUAUGGUUGCUACAAAGAUGCAACAGUUACAUUGGAUUCCGAAUUAUUUACUUUUUCAAAAGAUAAAAAAUACAUCAAAAACUCAUUGCCACCACCAGUUGAUCUUUUCAUGGAGGAUAUUGAAUUAGACUAUACUCAUGGAGAUCCAGAUUAUCAUGAAAAAAUCAUACCAAAAAAAUAUCCAACGAAAUGGAAAGGAAGAUUCCCUGCAAAAUUUACAAAAGAUAUUGCUUUCAAAUUGAUCAAUUUUACACCAGAAGAAACCAAACAAAUUUUGAAAAAAUGUAAAGAAAACAAAGUUUCAUUAACUUCAUAUAUUCAAAUCAUUCAUGCUUUGACAAUGCAACCAGUAUUUGGUGAUAAAAAUUAUACAACUCAUAGAUGUGCAAUGGCAUUAAGAAGACAUUUUGAUUCUUCAAAAGCACCAAUAGAAUAUAAGAAAAUUUUAGAUGAUCCAAAUUAUAAAAUUUUUGGUACACUGGCAAGUAUGGGGUUUUCAAAUAAUUUACCACCAAUUAAAGAAUUUUCAUGGGAUUUGGUGACGCAAGCCAAUAAAAUUAUAGUAGAUGGAUGUAAUAACAAAAGAGCAUUAAAUGCAUUGAAACCAUUUUUGGAUAAAGCAGACCCAACAGAUUAUAAAAAUGAAGAAUUAUUUUAUUCACAACUAGAUAAAGCAAAAGCUGAUGCUGUAAAAAUCUCAAAUUUAGGAUUAAUCAAAACUCCCACAUACAAAUCCGAUAACCCUGAAAAAAAUUGGCAAAUAAAAGAUAUGAUUUUUUCUCAAGAUAUGGCUCCUUAUGCUUCUGAUUUUAUGCUCAGCGUUGUUUCAACUUUGCCUGGUGGUUUAAAUUUUGUUUUGAGUUAUUUUGAUUAUUCCUUUGAUGAUUUUGAAGGGUACGAUAAUUUUGAUCAUUUGAUUGAAAGUUUACAUGACAAUAUGAUUAAGUAUUCACUAGAGGUUAAUUGA